UGUUACCAUUAAGCAUCAAAUUUCUCUUUCCUCAAUGAAACUCGCACACAUCGACCAACUUUCUAUUGUCUUUACAUACCCAUAGUGAAGAACUUAAGGCCGAAACAACUAAAGACGACGUCCUAAGCAUCAGUUUGAGAUCUCAACUUUGUCUGCCUACUAGCUUCAACGAUGAAGCAACAUGACAGAGAACCGAAACAGACGAACAGAAGACAAACACUGGACCGCUUGUGUUCUGCGUCAGGCUUGCUGUUGUCUGUUGUCUGUUGUUUCGUGCUUAUUCAUGUGGAACUCAGAAUACAAGAAAAUCAUCGACUGAUUUCACACUCAGUGACAAUUUGUGAUAACAUGGAGACAGAAAUCCUCCGAAAAGUAGAACAAAAUUAUGAACGAUGGCAAGUUAAGGCUUCAAGCAGCCAUUGGCAACCUACCAAAGGUGAACAGGAAACGCUGUCAAGAAUAAAACGCUCUUCACUCGAUGAUUCACUACAGAAAUCGACCCUAACAGCCUCUGAAGUACAAGUAUUGAUCAAACAAGAACUUGGUCUGCUGCAAAACCAAGUUUGUGCUAAAGAUCACACGCUCUGCCGUGCAGGACCAAAAGGGAACACGGGAAGACGAGGAAGACCGGGAACCCGAGGGAGACCAGGUUCCCCGGGGAGACCCGGCUCAAACGGACCUCCUGGUAAACAUGGACCAAUAGGGAGUCAAGGACCCAUGGGCAUAAAGGGGGACGUUGGAAUUCCGGGAGACCCCGGUCCCGUGGGACCUAGAGGCCCGCCGGGUAUGAAAGGUGACAAAGGUGACCCGGGCCAGUCCAUCUCGGCUCCCUCUUUGCUCCAGGGUCCUGUUGGAAUGACAGUCAAUGAAAGUCAGACAGCUAUCUUGAAAUGUACAGUGGAUGGUUAUCCAAGUCCAAAGGUCACGUGGUCUAAGCUGAAUUCAUCGCUACCUGUGGGUCGUCAUGUGAUAGAGGCCAGUGGCGCUCUGAUCGUGAAGGGCGUCAGACCUGGGGACGACGGAGUUUAUAGCUGUAGAGCAGAGAAUUUGCUGGGACAAGAGAGUGCUUCGGCGAAAUUAAAAGUUCAGUUUACUCCCCAACUUUCAUUGUCAUCCAAUCGAGUGAUGGCUGAAGAGAAACAAAACAUAAUCAUUGCCUGCACUGUCACUGGUCAGCCGCUUCCCAGUAUCACGUGGUCUAAAGCAGUUGGUGGCUUGCCUGAAGGCCGAACUGAAGUGAAGAAUGGAACCCUGACAAUCAACAAUGUGACACGAGGUGAUGGUGGAACAUACAUUUGCAAGGCAGAGAAUAUUCUGGGGUCAGCAAUGGGCAAGGCUCAGCUCAUUAUAUUCUCCCGUUUGCGGUUUAAAGUUCGCCCCCCUCUUGAAGUAACGUCGUCUGUGUCUGGUUCAAGUGUUUAUUUACCGUGUGUGGCCGAGAGUGACCUGAGAACAAUAAUAGCUUGGACCAAGGAUGGCAAGUCUUCACUCCCUGUAGGGAUCAAUGUUCUUCUGAAUGGAACAUUGCUUAUAAGGAAUAUCAGAAAAUCACAUGAAGGAUCUUACACCUGCAGAGCGACUAAUGCUCUGACGUCAAUAGAAGCCAAAGUCAAAAUCAAUUCUCCAGUUCCUGCGACUUCCUGUUCGGUGAUAAGAAAAUACGUCAGCAGUAUAAGCGGUAAUUACGUCAUUGAUCCCGAUGGCUCAGAGGGCCUGGCAUCAUUUGCAGUGUACUGUGACAUGAGUGACAAGAAUGGAGUUGGGGUGACAGUCUUGAGUCAUGACAGUGAAAGCAGAACUCUCGUGAGAGGGUAUAGCGGUCGUGGUAGCUACUCACGCGACAUUCAUUACUCAGGAGCAAGUCUCUCCCAGCUGGUAAGUCUCACCAGAGUCUCAUCACACUGUGAGCAGUUUAUCAAGUAUGAGUGUUAUGAUUCAGUGAUGUUGGGGUACGGAAUAUAUGCCUGGUGGGUGUCACGUGAUUCUAGUAAGAUGACGUACUGGGGUGGAGCAUCUCCUGGCAGUGGUAAGUGCGCAUGCGGGAUGACCAACUCAUGUGCAGACACCGGUUAUGGUUGUAACUGUGAUAAGAAUGACCGUGUAUGGCGUGAAGACAGCGGUCUCCUCACUGACAAGACAAGUCUGCCAGUUAAACAGCUCAGGUUUGGGGAUGCAAGCGGCGGUGACCAAGGUUACCACACACUGGGAAAACUAAGAUGCUAUGGUAUAGCGUAAAAAAAUCUUUAUUUCUGAUGCUGUACUUAUGGCAAGCUCAGUGGUUGUAAUAUUCAUCGUCGUUGUAAUUUGUUUUACGGUGGACAUAAACUUUCAAUUUGUAACAAAUACAAUGAGCCACACAGCAACCUGAAAAUCCGUGGAGAGGGAAAUAACGCCAGGCAAACAUUUGCGUCUGUUUAGGUAUUUUUUUGUACAUUGAGAAGCAUGUGUAAUACGCGCUGUGCCAAGAUAUUUUAACGACGUUCGCGCGAACAUUUUCAACAUUGAUUGUUUUCUGAGACUUUUACCACUGUAAGAUGAUGACUUUGUUAUGUCAGAAAUGUAAAAAAAUGGGGGUCACCGACUUCGUUUUGAAGAGAACAUGCGCUAAGAACACUCUAAAUCUGAAAAAAUCGGGCUUCGUCAGCAAAUAAGGCCACAGCUUCUGUAAGCCCAAAAAUAUUGCAAUUAGAUCUUUAAAGUGAAAUGUUCCCUGGCAAUAUUGUUUAAGCGGACCUAUUAAGUGAGUUUAGUCAACUGGUGAGUUCGCAUUUAGCGACCAUAGUUUCACUCGCCUUGCAGCCGCAAGAUGACUAGACUUUUUAUAAGUCCUUUCCAAUAAUAUUUCCAUCGUUAUUUUCGCCGUGCCUUUUCUGAAUCAAGGUAAGGUAAGGUAAAGUCUGCAUGUGAGCCAAGUAGCCCAUCAGGCCGGAGCUUAUCCCGG